UUUCAGAUGUAAAUCCAACUGGGUAAUGUCUUCCUAAGACAAAAGUCUUGAAAGACUCCAAUAGUCAAAAAAUGACUGUUCUGAAAUGUUGUCGUUAAAGUACGCAAAUUAAAUCACUCUUUUAUUAUGGCAGCUCAAUAAAUGCGAGUUAGAUUGAAGAGUUUUCAGAACCAUAUUGAACCAGCGUCAAUGCAAUCAAUGGCAAUUCAAUGUUUGAGAAUCAAACGGAUCGUCUCUUCUCUGCAGAAAUUCUUUCUGCUACUUGUCAUUAGCCGAUAGGAAUUAGACAACUCGGACUACAUGAUUGUCAUGUUUUCAAUUUUUGAAUAGAUUGAAAUUUUCCUGACUGUUGAAUGUUCAAUUAUUUCAUUUUUUCGUUUUUGUUACUAUGAUUGUGAGCAUGUUGAUACUCCUACCUUUCCACAGUUUUAGCUUCAUUCCAAUUCAUUUUAUCUUCCUUCAUUUCUGAUCCCCUCGUUUUAUGCAUUCUCUCUCUUCCUUCUUCCCUGUCAAAUAGAAAAUCUUAACUGGAUGAAUUAGCCGAUCCAAAGAUUGCAAAACAAUUGAUCAAUAGAUUAGCGAUCAUCUUGGCUAUUUUGUAAAGUCUGUAAUUCAGACACGAAUUAGCUCAUUUAAAAAUUUCUCAGAGGUCAACGAAUGGUCAUCCAGAAAACUUUAAUAAUUAUUUAUUAUUAUUAUUAUUAUUUUAUCUUCUCUUUUGCAUGCCUUUCUGAAUUUGAAUAUGUAUCGUUGCUUAACAAAUUGUUCUCUUUUUCACUUAAAAUAAAUUAUAAAACCGAUAAAAGUU